GAGGCCUGUAGCUACAAGUCUGUAAUCGAGAAUUUAUCAAUAUCUGUUUUGUGUCGCAAGUGUAAUAUAACUACUUAUUUGAAAAAAACAUGCAGGUGCGCUCAAAAAAGCCAGUUUGGUUCCUGUUCAAAGUGUUGGAGUUGCUGCUGAGCCUUGGAUGUUGCAUCAUCCACUGGCGAUGUUUCAACGAUGAGGGUGUUCCGCAUAUCUUCCUUCUAUGUGGAGCUUAUGGAGGAUCUGUGAUAAUCUGCUUCGUAUCCCUGAUCGGAGCUUUUUACGCGGAGCGGCCGACAAUGAAGCACGAAGCUGCAUUUGGAGGCAUUUUGAGUGCCCUUCAUUUUUUCACAGUGUACGCCCACAUGUACAUGGCGACGCUUGAGGAAUUUCGUACUGAUAAGUGGCCUGAUUUCUACAUGUGUUGCAGGGAUAACGCUAUGUUAGCUCUCUAUGCCGGCGCCAUUUACCUGCUGCACUGCACCUUCGCACUGGACCUGAUGCUCUCCCACAAGGGAAAGAAGAUGCAUUCGCAGAGGAGCAAACGGCCACUCCGGCUUUACUUUAUCAGUCUGGGAGCGGAGGCCUAUUUAAGUCGAUUCUGGUUGUUUCAACGCAUCGCCGCCAGAAUGUUGACGAGUGCGCAGCCAUCGGAACACUCCAGUUGGAGGAGGAAUAUUUCGUCCUCCGAUUCCGAGUCAGAUGACCAGGAGCCCAUUGACAAAACGGCGGAUCCCUAUGAAAGGGGAUCAAAGAAAUAGCAUUUCGGUUAUAGAUUCUUCAAAUUCAAAUUAAAUCUGAUAAAAUUAUGUUAAUGUUAUCUUGUUUUUAAUAAUUAAUAUCUUAUUUUUUGUUAUAAUGA